UCUACACUUACGCUUUCAACGUAAUACUAGUUCAAAAAAUGCAAAGUUCUCAAGUUUCUAGUCUUGUUUACUUGUACUAUAUAUUAAUGUACUGUAUGAAUAUGUCUAUUAGUAAACACGUUAAAAAAAUGUAUUUUGACUCGUGUGUAUUUCAAUAAUAUAUAAAAAAUACUUUUUAUUUGUGUAUAUAAUUAAUAUUAAAAUGUUAAAAUAACGAGUCGAUGUUACCUACCGUCGCAAUAACAAAUUUGUAGGUUAGGUAAUCCUCCGCUCACGUUAUGUACAGAAAAUUAUGUCAGCCUGCUUCAAAAUGCGUGCAGUUAAUUGGUUUGACGCAAGUUUCUUUUGCAUCACACCUUGCCGAUGUUUGUGGACCGCUUCUAACGAUUAGAGGGAAAGGGAGGCGUUCGGCAUGCGCGUACAACAAAUACCUGAGUGUUUCGGCAUGUCGCUGUGCAAAAGACGACAUAAAGUCAGAACAGGCACUCGUAGUGAGAGACAUGUUUCAAGACGUGAAAGAUAAAGACAAAGCCACCUACAUGACCAUGAUCAAAAUAUUUGUGGCGCGGGAUGUCCAUAGAAGAGGACAUGUCGAAUUUAUUUAUUCGGCAAUGAAGCACAUGGAAGAAUUUAAUGUCCACAAGGAUUUGGAGGCUUACAAAUCUUUGAUUGACAUCCUGCCUAAGGGAAAGUUUAUCCCAACAAACAUUUUUCAGGCCGAAUUCAUGCACUAUCCAAAACAGCAGCAGUGUAUAAUUGAUGUUUUAGAAAUGAUGGAAGACAAUGGGGUGAUGCCGGACCGCGAGAUGGAGCGGAUGCUGGUGAACAUCUUCGGGCUGAAGGGCCACCCGCUGCGCAAGUACUGGCGCAUGAUGUACUGGAUGCCCAAGUUCCGGAACCUGUCCCCCUGGCCGCUGCCCAACCCCGUGCCCGGGGACGCGCUGGAGCUGGCGCGUCUCGGCAUCCAGCGCAUCAGCAGCGUCGACCUGCAGACCGAGCUGAAGACGUACCAGACGGCCGACCUGGAGGACUCGCUGGAGGACACGUGGGUGGUGAGCGCGCAGAGCCCGCGCCAGAGGCAGCUGCUGGGGGCCCAGCCGCCCGGCACGCCCGUCUACGUCGAGGGGGCAUUCCGCCUGUGGCUGCGCAACCUGUCCAUCGGCUACUUCGUGCUGAGGGCGGACCCCGGGCCGACGCCUCGGCCCAGGCGCGACCCCGACGACGUGGCGUCGCUGAGGGUGCCGUUCUUCGGCGCGCCGGCGGGGGAGGAGGGCGGGGAGCGCUCCGUGCACGAGCAAGAGGAAGGCACGGUGCUGGCCGUGUGCGCGACGGGCACCUCCGGCCGGGACUCGCUGCUGUCCUGGGUGCGGCUGCUGGAGCGGGACGGCAACCCGACGCUCGGGCGCCUGCCGGUGGUCUUCAGGCUGCGGGCUCCCUCGCUGGGCGUCGCCCCCCACGACGAGCCCGGGCCCGGGCCCUGACCGGGGGACUCCGCCCCCGCGCGCUCCCGGCCCCUCGCUUCGGUCCCUCGUCUGCUGCAGGCCGGCGCGAGCUCUAGUUUCCGAUAGCGAGUGUCGACUUCAAAUGUUCGAAAUGUUUGCGAGGUGGAAUCAGAUCACGAUUAUUGUUCUUGGUAAAACUGUUCUCCCGGAUUGAAACAAAAAGAAAAAAUCAUCAUUUAACGUUUGAACUGAUUAACCAAUAUUGUGUCCUCUGUGUAACGUCAUUCAGUAACAAAUUAUAAAAUAACCAUGCUUAGUAUUAAUAUUUCAAAUUUCAUAAAAGCAAUCAAAAUUGCCAGCUUCUUUUUUUUUUUUUUUUUUUUUUUAAUUAUAUAAAAGUAACCGACUUUAGUCCACCAAAACAUAUACAAUAAUGUAAUAAUGUAAAUUUUUUUUUUUUCUUCCCAUGAUUGAAUCUUGGGCUCUCGAUGUUUUUCAAGCCUUACAACAAAUGCGAAGCUUUGCAGCACAACCGAAGCUUCAAAUGAAACAAAAUAGCGAAUAUCCUUGCAAAGCGAAAUGGAGUAUUAAGCGAGAGCUUCAAUUGAUUCGCUUAGUCGAUGCUUCGCACCGGCCUAGUAAGUUGUGCUGCUUCACAUCUCGCCGGUAGCUCGUCGGCAAUGGCUCGCCAGACGUCCACAGGUACCGAAAGUCGCGAUAAAGUAACUAAAUGUAUAUUAAUAAAAGAGCGAGUUUGCUGUAGUUUACUUAGCACUGAGACAGUGAGGACAGAACCGUGAAAUUUGACGCAUUGAUUCGACAUGGUCUGUUUACACCUCUUUUGUUGUAGUAUUUUGUUAUACAUAGUUUCUUUAUUUAAUUUUUUAAUUUUUGUUUUUCUUGUUAUCUUCUGGCAUCAGAUGUAGCAUUGUUGAUGCUUUAUUAACAUUCGGAUAUUAAUCCAGUCCUUCUGUAAUCUUUUCCAUCAUAUUGACAUGUUAUUGGUUAAAUAAACAUGUACAGUGGAACCCUGUUAUAAUGUUUUUCAAGGGAGCACAAGAAAAAAACAUUAUAAGCAGGAAAACGUUAUAAGCAGGAAAUCUCAAUUUAGCAGUUAACAAUGUUCGAGCUUUGUACCAAUGGACUCACCAAGCUAUUUAAAAAACUUUAAUGUUAAAACCAAAGAUAGUAUACUUGAUACAUGAAUUUUCUGAAACAAGCCAACAAUUUUUCAACUUCGUCUUGUUCCCUGGUUAAAUUUUGUUUGUCUUUAAAGAUACACUGCCACAUUUUUUGUAAAAUUAUCUCACGAUUCAUGAUGACAACAUUAAGAGUGAGAACGUCUACUCCUUUGCAGCCUGAAAAUGUUUAAUUUUGGGAUUCCUACAUAUUAUGAAUGAAAAAAAAAAAUUAUUUGUAAGCAAUAGAAAAGUUAUGCCCUCGCUCAAUGGUUGGCAAUUUAAAUAUCGUAGGACUAUGUACGUGCAUCUGAAUACCCACCUGGACUGGCAAGGAAGAGAAGAGUUGACUAUCUUUGGUUUAUGUGUUUUCCCUCUUGUAGUAUUUAUAAUGAUUUAUUAGAUUUUAAAAAAAAGGCACGGUGGCAUACCAAUGAGGAGGGGCGUGUGUGUUGAAUGACCGGUGCGAGUGAGUUCUUCCCGAUUGAAUGCCUUAGCCAAGAAUCUAGUCAACUCGACAGAUUAGGAAAGUAUGCAGACGGAGCAUUAGCCGUCGGAAGUGAAGCCGCUUUUCCCCUCUCUUUUUGAUGUGACAACGUCUAAUAAAUCGAUGAAUGCUGGCUGCACGCACGAAAAGUUGUCCCACUACGGACGUGUCCUGUUUACACAUGCGUGGCAUCUCUCUGGUAUGUUGCGGACGGUACAGAGAACUCGGCCGGCACGUGGUUGCGUACUGCUCAGGUUUCACCCCGCCAUGCUGCAGGGAUAGGCGGGUCGCGCCGGUUGGAUCACGCCUGCGCAUGUCGCCACACACGGCUUGGGGCAGACGACAACACGGCGGGGUUCGAGGUUAUUGUUGUGCACCGCGCCACGGGAGUAUAUUCGCAAGGAAAUGGUGUUCUUACAAGUACGUAUUAUUUUAAUUACUAGUGUAAAUCAGUAUAUUUAAACAGUGUUGUAUCAGUAUUGUUUUAGCUGUGUAACUAAAUAUUUAUUGCUAGUAUGAUACUUUUCACGCUUUAGUUUGACAUUGGUAAUUAUUUGUCAUGAGUUAUUAUUUGAUCAACUAAAUCACACACCGUAUUAUAGUUAUGAGCCCACAAGCGUGUAAAUAUUUCGAGUCCAACAGAGAAUAUACUAGUUAAAGACAUUCAAACAAAUAUCGUGCGUGGAAUAUUAUUAAUUUAUAACAUCUGAAACAUUUGAUUCCAAUAUGGCUUCGUGGCUGUGCGGUUAGUAUCGCUGACUACCAAUGGAUAGGUUGACCGAUCAAAUCCCGGCAGCUGAAAUUUUUUUUUUGUACUUGUAAAAAUAAAUACAGCGCGCACAACACUUCAAAAGUAAUAAGUAUAUUUGAAUUAAUGAAUGCAAAUAAAAGUAAAUUUAUUAAUUAAAUUGUAGAUUUCAUUUCACUCCUUCUUUGUAUCCCUACAAAAUAGUGAUAAUUCAAUAAGAAUGAUUAAAUUUUAUUCAUAAAAGUAUUCAGAGGUAGAUUUUAUCAUGCAAAAGAUUGAAAAAUUAAAAAAAAAAAAAAAAAAGUUCCUCAAAGAAUAUAAUAUUUUUAAUGCCUAAAUGGUUUGGUUGCAAAAACCUAUUACGGCUGUCUCAGGCCGAAUAUGAUAUUUCCUUUUUUUCUGGAUCAAUUUUUUUCAUCAAUGUUUUGUUAUGACGUCACGUUAAACUAUCAUCCGUAAACCGACUUUACAGACAACCAAUUUUUUUAUUUUCACUUAAUUAUAAUGGCAGAAAUUUGUUUACAUUUGUAUUAGCUGUUCUAUCCUGUUUUUGCAUUUAAAUGAAACACAGAGUUCACCAAACUGAAAAUUGUGGAUCGUAGACAUACCACACUUUAAUAUUCAAACGGGCAAAUAGCGGUUGUUUUAUCAUACUGCUGUCGAUAGCACUGAACACGAGCGCGUGGUCAAAGUGCUGAUGUACUUACGAGAGAAAAAGGAGUGUGAAGAAAAUAGUUUUUUAACACUUGCAUACAUGUUUGGAAGGGUGAAGAAAGGAUGUGUAGUGGAAACAGUACAGAUCAAAAUAAUUCACUGCUAUAACUUUAAUUUUUCAUUGUCAUUAAAAUAGUUAUUUGAAUUUCCCUGGGCUACCUAGGAAAUCCCCUGAUUUGUCCAUGUUUUAUCUGUCGCUAGUCAUCCUACAACCGUAGAGAUAUUUCAAAUUUUGUUUAAUAUGCUUAAUAUACAGAUACAAAGAUAAACUGUUUUUAUAAAAAAAAGUCAGAGUCUCUUUCAGUACUCGACAGAAAUGUGUGGCACAUAACCUCGGUUACGAGCAAAUUCAUGUGCUCUCAUGUUGCAAAUACACUUAUAAUACGCAUCUCGGACACAAAAUUUUACGUAAAAUUCUUUAAAAUAACGAAGAGUGUGAUAUACGCAACAUGUUUUAUCAGCUAAAUUUCUAGAUGCAAAUCACAAGUAGUUUUCACACUCGCUACUAGAAUUCGCUGCCAGUGCAGCUAUGUCGAAUAACAAAUCAUUCCAAUUGCAGAGCGAAAUUUUUAACUACAUCAUGAAAACUUUCUGAUAAAAGAACAAAACACUUGAAAAAAAAAAUACUAUAAUCCGUCUUUAGACCCAAUUUUUGACAAUAAAUUUUAUUAAAAUACUACCAAUCUUGUUAAAAUUCAUUAAAAAGGUGGUACUAUAUAACUUUUCGUUUUUGCUUUGUGAAUUUAGGUUCGCGCAAUAAACCACAGGUGGCAGCACCGUGGAUCCUCAUCGGCUUUAAUCGACUUCCGUCGCGUUCAGGAAAUUACUUCCACCAAAUGCUGUAUGCAGUAGGCCAAAAUGUUACACCAACAAAGAAAACAUUUAUCAAAAGGUUCCGACUGGUUCGUCGGGUGUAUGCAGGCAAUCAAGGAAUCGUUGCAUUAUAUUCCCGGAGUGGUUUCAGAGAUGCCGUGUCGUCCACACUAUUCUGUUUGUGAUGUGUGAAAAUCAAUCAUGUUGGUUCGUGAAGGUAAUUAGGUCUCACCCAGUGGCGGAUCCAGGAUUUUGGUUUGGGAGGGGCUUGACCCAGCUGAGGCUAGGCUUUAUCAAGGCAAACACUAAAACAAUAGUGGACCCAGAUGCUUUUGGAGGGGGCUUGAGCCCCUUAGCCCCCCCUCUGGAUCCGCUACUGGCCUCACCAUCUUACAAUUAAUUCAAAAUAUAUAUCACAAUAAAGUUUCAGUGCUAAAAUUGUUGGUUUGACAUGGCGUAGGACUUCGCUUUGGCUAAUUUUUGAAGUCAACUGAUGUGAUUAUUGCGAUAGCUCUAGUCGCCCGCAUCAAAUAAUACGUUAUUUCCGCGUGGCACUUUCAGACUAGACCCUGGUAGUAAUAUGUGGUUGUAAGAAGAUAUAUAUAAAGGCUGGGAGAUAUGAUUUAGUUUUGACAUGCCUAAAGUUUACUGAAAUAAUUAUUAAUACAUGUUAUAAUAGUCACAUGAUGAAAACUAGGCAGGAUAGGACAGGAUUUAACUGCCUAUUAGCAAAUAGCAUUGGAUUAGCAUGCCCUAAUUAUACAAGCUGUUUAAAGCCACCAGGGCCCUAUUGCAUAAAUGAACUAAUAAUAUUAGUAAAAAAGUACAAACUACAAGAGGACAAACUAAAAGUGUUAAUAUUCUGUGUCGCAUAAUCUUACUAAUAAUAUUAUAGAAAAAUAGUACAAAAUACAAGCAGACAAAUUACAAGUACUAAUAAUUUGAGUUGCAUAAUGUUGGUAGAUGCACUAAUAAUAUUAGUACUUGUAAUAUUAUAAAAAUAGCAAACCUACAAGUCAGCUGAUCCACUUUUGUAAAGUGGUCAACUUUUGAGGUUAUGUGAAGUUAACUUAUUUAUCAUUGACAAAGAGGUAGGAAGUUGGUGUUUAUUGUGUGGUUGGUCAUUGUAAAAAUGGCACCUCAAAGGGCAGGAAAAUGUGAGGAGCAAAGAAAAUUAAAAUUGUGAGUAUUACAAAAAUGAAGACAAAUAAACAAACUCUUUUUGGUCAAUUUUCGUCAAUGCUUACAAAAGAAUCAAGGGUUAAGGCAUGGCAAGAAAUUGGGGCGUGUGCACGAGACAUGCGACAUUGUUCAUAGAAAUCUGCUUCAUGUUGAAAGUCAAAAUUUAUUCUUGGUCUAUAGGCCUACACUUUUUUUUCUUUUAGGUUGAACAUUGUUCAUUAUUUCCUCAUCAUCGUCUGGAAUACAGCACAUUUAAUAACAUUUUAGCCCAAUUAUUGAGGAAAGUGUUACUAAUACUUUUAAAAUACAGCCUCCCUCUAUCCAGUAGAAAAAAAUACAAGUUUAUUCUAAUAUUCCUUUUUAUCAGUGUUAUUAUGAAACACUAAUAUUAUUUGCUAAUAAUAUCAGCAAAUCUUGUAAUAUUAAACUUGUAUGUUUUGACUUUUAUAUUUAUUAUGCAACAUAAUUAUACAAUUUACAAAUUACAAGUACUAAUAACAUUAGUAAUUUUCCUUGUAAUAUUAGAAUUGUUGGUUCUGACUUGUAGAAUUAUUAUGCUACCAAAUUAUACAACUUACAAGUUACAUUACUAAUACUAUUAGCUUGUACUUUAUUAUGCAAUAGGACCCAGAAGUCAUUCGCCUUUAAAGAACAUAUGUUGCUACAAAAUACUUAGGGCCGGUAUUAUGACCUCCGGCUAAAUCUUCAGGUUAGCUAGCCUUCAGGUUAGGCUAGCCUCCGGUUAACGAACGAGGGAUGUAUUAUGACCCAUACUUAGCCUGCGGUUGGCUAACCGGAACCUGACGAAGCGUGUGGUGUAAUAAUGGGUGUGUUGGUAAUGAAAUAAACCGGAAUUUAGUAACUUUUGUUGCGAGACAGUUUUUUUUUUCUGGUAGAAUGUUAGUCAGCUGUUUGUUUGUAUUGUGAAUCGUAAUGUUUACAACUGCAGUAAAGAAAUAUGCCGCGAACUUUAUCUUGCAACAGAUAUAAUUAAAUUAACCAAAAACUACUUCGACGUCAAACCUGCUUUGUAUUAAACCAUAAAUUACAAUUUACGAUUCAAAACCGCGUGUUUUCAACUUUACUCUUGUAUUGAAACUCAUGAUUUUGUUAGGUUAAGCCAAAACUAACGAAGUAAUUCUUUACAAACAAAUUAAUAGGGAUGACAUGUUUGCUAGAGAACACUUAUUUCUGUCAUAAAUUUAUUUCAUAAUCAAAUAAUAUAGACCCUGUUUCGGGAAAAUACUUGUCGAUUUUCAUUUCACUGGUGUAGGUUUCAUUUUUAUAAUAAUAGUUUCGUAUCACGUAUCCAAAUUAUUCCGAUCCUGAUGGAAUUAGUUUGUGGUAUAGGAUGCUUGCUGUUUUAAUUUAGUAGGUCGAGAGAUCCUAAGACAUAUUCACUGGGGAUAUAAUUAUGAUUGUAAAAUGUAUACGAAAGAAAUACAUUUUUAAAAGACCUGACAUAAUUUGUAUGUAUUGUGAUAUGUUAGGUAUUUUGAGUUAUGUACAGGAUUUUUCAACAUUCUAAAUUAAAACAGCAAGUUUAAUGUAAAACAAGACCAACAUAUAAAGGGUCAUGCCGAUAGGAUCAAGGGAUAAACUUGGAUACGGGAAACAGAAUAAUUCCAGUACUGUUUUCGUUUUGCAAUUGCGUGGCAGGUAGAUAAUAAGUACCUAAAGGUUUGUAAGAUAGGGAAGGGAUAAUUGGGUAACAUUUAUUUUCACAUUCAAUUGUAUUCAUUGAAUUAGAACCACGUCUGAAGUCGUAUGAAGUGCAUUUCAUUCCCGGCAUAUGUCCACUGUAUUACGAAUAAAAAUUCACAGAUACAACUUCCACGAAAACACACAUUUUAUAGGUAAUAAUAAUAACCCUCAUUUUGCAAUUUUAAAAUUCACUUAUUUACACAUAUUCUUAAGCAGGAACAUUUAAGUUUAUAUACAUUGCAUACGUUUAUGUACUUCGUGAUCAAUUAAAGUCAAAUAAUAAUACACGACUCGACGAGAAUAGAAAAGCUUUCAGAAUUAUGUAUUAAGUGUACCGUGAAAUGGGGUGAUUAAAAACGGUUUUAACCUUCAAACUGUAGUGUAGGCAUGAAUUUAUGCAAUAAUAAUUCUAGACAGUCUCUAGAUUGAACUCCGUGGAUCAGUUUUUCACAUAAAUUUUUUUUUUGGCUUCAGGGUUAAUAAAGGUGGCGUGUUUCAAUUCACCCCUGGGUAGGGGUGAAUAGAAACACCUAUUUGUUUUGCCUGUUUGGUGCAAGUCGCACCUUAACAAGGGUGAUGAAAAACACUCAAUAAUUGUUAAACAUUUCUGAGAAUAUUCUUAACUAUAUUUAUAAAAUAACAACUGACAUUUACAUGUUUAUGACACUUUUAGGUACAUGAAAAUAAAUGAAAAAAUUUUCUCUCAAAAAUAACUUAAAAGUUACAUUACUGAAAUGUCAUGGAUGAAUACCAACACAGAACCAGUUAUAAAAAGUACCUUUGACGUCGACGGGGGCUACGCCCACCCUGAGCCCAAUGUGUAUCACGCCGUCGCCACCACUCUCCCAUCGACACCCUCUAUUUCAAACCUCCCACCCCGUGUGUAGUUGUGUGUGUGUGCGUGUGACACUGCCGACAAGAGGCGAGAGUAGAGUCUGUGCCACCUUUUAUUUUCUCAUUCAAUUUUAAUGUUUACGUAAUUGCUACAUGUCUUUUCUUUAAAUAAUAUUCCCUAAGGAUUAUUUUGGCAGAGCUAGUUGGUAAGGACAGCGCAGCGUCCCACGCGGCAGGCAAUGGAACUACCCGCAACCAGUUUGAACCAUAAUCCUAAUUAAAAUAAUUAAUACUCAACAUAAAUAAUUAAGGGAACAUUGGUAUAAUUUUAUUAUAGAAUUUUUAGUGUAUUUGUUUUAGUUAAAUAUGUGGUAAUAAAUAACAGGAGAGACUAACGGUAAAUCCAGCGCUUUCCGGCCGCCAUGCUGCCCUGGUCUCUUCAGUCGCUUCCGUUCGUCACCCGGGGUAGGAUGCUUGGUGAGCACCGCGCAACUUCAUAUUUUUUCAAUCAACUGAUCUCUUAACAUCCGCCGGACUUUUCAUAAUUCUUAAAACCUUUUUGUAUCUGCAAGGUCUACUCCGGGUGGCCGACUCAUUUUAAUAAAUAUUUAAGUUCAUUUCGAACAUUUAAGUAUGAACAGCAUCCUAAACUCACGAGGCCAGGCCACGAGGUGACCUGGUCAGCCUGUAAAUCGAUUCUUUCCCGCCAUUGGCAAUAUUAAUAGUUUUAAUGAGUGAAUGUAGAUGUAGCGCAAUUGGAGACGUGUUGUAACGUUGCUGGAAUAAAAGGAGUACGUCAAA